AUUUUUUGCGUCGUGUUUGGAGCGCGGACCCAGAGAAUCCGAGCACCGUGCGUUUUAGGCCCCUGUAUACAGUGCCUUCCGUUCGUGAAUAUAACAGGUGCUGUUCGAAACAUUGGCAUUUUUGCAUCUUUCCUGCUGGGUGACUCCGGGACUUUCCUCCUCCCAACCGUAUACUCCUCUGUUUCGUCUGUCCGUGAAUGGGUCUUGCACCGCAAGCGUUCGUAAAAGCGCAGUGCGGCAGUCGGGGCGGCGAUUUGCGAGCCCUGAAGAUUUCCCGAAGCAAACCGUGAGAUUUGUAGAAUGAAGAACGCAAGUUGUGCCUCGUACAACGAAGUUGGGGGAGGUAACGAGAGUAAUUUUCAGGUGUGCUACCCGGGUUUCCGACACCUGGGGCUGAAGGUCGAUACGGGAGAACGGAGACCCUGAAUCACCUAGCUACCCGAGGUGUCGCUUCCUCUAUCUUCCACUGCAGAAUUAAUGGCUUCUUUGCACACGCAGCGAAAAAAGGAGACUCUACCCGAGUUGAGAAGCGAUGCUGAAACAUGCGUUCAGUUGAGUGCCACAGCGAGGACGGCAGUGUCUCACACACCGUCUCUGCAACCGGCAUCCAACACACUGGGGGGGGUUCUACUGUCACGGUUUCAGCGAACCGGCGGCAAACCCAGUGUCAUUUACCAGCCAGGAAAUGCUCCAUCCAAAUACCAUGGAGGUAACUUGAGUCAGGUGGAACAUGCGUGCCGAAGGAAGGAGGCACCUCGGAACGGCGGCAUCAAACAAAGCCACGAGUAUGCUCAAAGUGUCUCGCGGCGAGCAGACCAACUUUCGUCUAUCCCGCGUUUCGUAGCAGCGACAGCAAGUAAAUCGGGUUCCCAGUCUACCAGUCAUCCACUUUCAGGGCAAAAGGGGUCGCUCACUACAGGCCAUUUCGCUCUCCGCAGGCACAUGACAACUCCUGCGCAUCCUCGAGUUACCGGGGGAACCCCUGCGGGAGCAAUCCGACCUUCGCCAGGCACCUCGAAUCAGUUCAAAUGCACCUUCUGCGGGGUGACAUUGUUGACGAGAAAGUACUUUGCUUCAUCGUGGCCGGAGUUCAUUAUGUGCGCAAGGUGCACGGAGGUGCUACCCACGUGUCACGUAUGCCAUCGCAAGGCAGCGCGUGCGGCGUAUGCAGACGACAUCUGCUGGCUGCCCAGCAAGUUUGUGGGAAAGAAGAAGCCGACGGCCACCGGACUUCCUGAUCAGGAAAGUUCCAGGACUGGAACUGGUGGCCACCACAGGCCACCAGGUGACGUUGGGGGUCUCAAUCUUUGCAGCGAGUGCGCCUUGCUACUCCCCGUUGUCGGUGACGAGCAAGUCAGUCGACUGCUCGAAGUUGCAGUUGCCAUUCUGCGAGCGGAGGCAAACAUUUCUUUCGACGAUACUCGGGUAUUUCGCCCGACCCUAUUAGGCGAACCGGCCGCAUUGUGUACAUUCGGUGAUCACCGGAACAAAAGCGCCGCGUUCCCAUUUCCUGUUCUUGCGAUGGAUGUUGCCUCUCUAAAAACGUCGAUGCAUGCCAAGCAUUCAAUUGACGGCGGACACACCACCUUUGGACGCUGCGAAACGUUGGAAAUCACUGAGACGCAGACAAACGCCCCACGGGUCUCCAGAACCCGAGCAAUCAGACGAAUUUUAGUGGCUAAGGGGUUGCCAGAGAGUGUUUUCUUAGCGCAUUUGGCCCAUGAGUUAAUGCAUGCGUUCCUCUGGUGCUCAACGGAAGGAGGACAGACUGCACCUUCCAUUGACCUCGCUGUCGAAGAGGGCCUGUGCAACGUGAUGGCAGCUCGAGUGUUGGAGAUCCGAGACGCCCAGUUGGCAUCAAUAGAAACGCCUACUAUGGUGGAUGGACAGAGUUGUGCAUAUCCGUUUGCUAAACCGUCGAACCAGAAAGCAGCAGAAGCUCUGAGCCACGCUCACGGGUCAGGAAUGGGGGUCUCACGCACUUCUCAUCAGCAGACUGUGAAUUCUACAGAGGCGGCAGCUAAUGCGGCCCUAAUCGCUUACGAAAGGAAGGUCAUAGCGGUUCGACUUUCGUUGAUGGCUGAGGAUAAGGAUAAGGUAUACGGUGAUGGGUAUCGAGCUGUCAAGAAGGCUGCGGAGGCACUUGGCAUCAAAAGAGCCCUGCAUCUGGUGCGUACUCAGGGCACUUCUCUCGAGGUUUUUAAAAGAGCUGCGUUGGGCUCAUCGACUGUAGCGCAGACGCGCAGUAGUGAUGGUAUGACAUGUCGAAAGGGCUUCUUCAACGUGGCUGAGUGAUGAAACGAGCGAUGCCGCCAGUGAGUCCCUGUGCGGUACUACUUGUUCCCCCUCAGUGUAACGGACAGCACAGGUGCGACACGCUUGUACAGCAACACAGAAGUAAAUUGGCACAUAAGUAUAUGUGCGUAAUACACAGUCAUAAAGCAGGUUGUCACUUCGCAUGGCAUCAAGUGCAAUGAGUUUGUGUUAACAAGAAGGAAUGCCCGUUGAUGCAUGAGCAGUGUGUCGGCUUCUUGUGCCCGUCCCGCGGUCGGCCACUGGCAGUGGGUUGCCAUGCCAAUUCCUCUGUCCGUUGUUUGAAAAGCAAAUAUCCGGGCGAGAUCUGUGGAUGUACGUGCUCGCGCAAAGUGGAUAACUCUUGUUGCAGCACGUGCUCGUCUUCCAGGAGUACGGGC